AUGCGCAAUAGCGAGAAGGAAGCAAGAGAAAGAUACGUUCGUUUUUCGACCAUUUCCUGCAAACUUCGAGCUGAAAACGGUCAGGAACUGAUCGGAUAUUUCCUGUGCAAAUCCGGCGGCAAGGAACCUGCCGAAACCGACUCAGAUUUCAACGGAUCCAGUCGCCGGAAUGAUCGACCUGGGAUAGGAUCUAAUCAACAGGACUAUGUUGAUUACCAGUUAAACAUGGCUGGGAAAACAACUACUCAUCAGCCUGCCAUCCUCCCGGGUUAUGAAGCAGCAACUGCCGAUGAAGGUGUCGAUGUGGGUCCAAGAUUUAAUCGAUUUGGAUUGAUUAUUUUCAACUUAACGGACUCCCAAGCUAUUAAAAUCGGUGUUCCACCAGGUUUCUCAGGCAAAGUCUCAAUUUCGCAGAUUUUCUUUACAUGGGAUUGUACUUUACGAAUUCCUGUAGUUCCUAUGAAACUAUGCUAA